UUCCUCUUUGCUUUAGAACAGGUCUGUGCUGUGGGUGGCAGAGAAGCAGGUCUAAGAAAAGUGUUCACUUCAGCAGAGGCAUCACACUGUUGGCAAAAUGGACUCUUUGAAAGGGGGCUGCCCUCACCAGAGUGUUCCUGUAGAGAUGGACGAGAGCAUGACACCCUCCAGUCUGGAGUUGGCCUGCCCCCGCCCCUGCAGACAGUGCAGUGGACAUACAGUGAUCACAAGGUCUCAGAUACAAGCCAGCCAUGAGCAGGCGGGGGGGGCGGCACACACUGAGGGCCCAUGGAGACUCCCUGAGAAACAGCUGCAGCUUCAACCCAGAGCAGAGCCCCCACUUCAUCUAAUGCCUCCCCACCAUGCAGAUGUUAGGCUGCAUGGCCUCAGAGAGCAGUCUCCACUGUAUGGGCGGGACUUUCCAGAGGCUACCACGCCACGCCACGCUAGAAGCUUUGUGGGUAAUUCAGACUGGCCCCAGCAUUACUCUGUGGAGGAGGAUGAACGCUUGGACCCCCCCCUCACACUCAGGUCUGGAGAUAACUUCACCGACUACGUCCCUCCACCACACCCUGCCUGUAUGCCUGGCCAAAAUCAAUGUCUGUGGCGUCAUGGCAGACAGCGUGCAUGCUGCCCUCCAGCACAACUGCACCAUCACACUAACAAUAAUCAUCUUUAUAAGUAUGAUUACCCAGCAGAUUCAUGCGGGGAGCCUCAACACCCCCAACAGUCAAGGAAUUCCCCCCAUAAUAGACUACAACUUAAAGAUGAUCCAAACCCCCCCCAUGGAUCUGUGGCUCAGCGGGCAGCCCCUGCCUGGGAUGUGAUGCGUGAGGUCAGUGUGCAUCGCUCCCUCCAGCCUGAUCCAGGGCCAGCCACCCAGGAGAUGAGGAGGACCAUCAGCCUGCCUGAGGAGUGCAGGAAUGUUUUCAUCACAUAUUCAGUGGACACCGCCAGAGAAAUCAUACCUUUCACCACAUUUCUGACGGAUCAAGGGUUCAAACCAGCAAUUGAUAUCUUUGACAAUCCAAUCCGAAGAAUGGACAUCACCAAAUGGAUGGACAGAUUUUUGAAUGAUAAAUCAGUACUCAUCAUCGUGGUCAUCAGUCCCAAGUAUAAGGAGGACGUGGAGGGAAAUGGGGACGACGAGCACGGCCUGCACACCAAGUACAUCCACAACCAGGUGAGGACUCCUAUUAAGACAGCUGUCAACCACGCAGUGGUUUUGUUGACUGAUAAUCUCCACAUAUAAACACCAAUUAAUGAUUUUUGAAGUGUAAAAGUAACAGCAAGAAGUAAAAAGCUUUUUCGGCAGAUUCAAUACAUUGGUUUAAGUCUUACUUAUCGAACAGAAAACAGUGUGUUUUGGUCAACGGUGCCAAAUCCCCCUACCUUGUCAACCCUGUUGGGGUUCCACAAGGUUCCAUUCUUGGACAAUUACUGUUUUCCAGUGCUUGAAUUGGGUCGGUACUCACGCAGUACCGGGACUUCUGAUUUUU